AUGAGCUCCCUAAACUACUCCCCUCCUGUUAAAGAAGAGGGGGUCUGCUGGACGGAGAAAGAGGCUCUGGGGCUGAACAUUGUCGUGAAAGAGGAUGUCACAGUAAAACAAGAAGUAGAGGGUGAGGCUGUUACAGUUAAAGUAGAAGAGAAAGACUCGUUCAGAGUGAAAGAGGAGGAGGAUGUUACAGUAAAAGAAGAGGAUGCAGUUUUUGGAGUGAAGAAGGAAGGGGAGAUUACUGUCACAUUGAAAGAUGAAGAGGAGGAGAUAGGAGAUCUGAUUAACACCAGAGAGAGACGUGGGUCCUCUGGGGAGCCUCAACAACAUCAUGAUGCUGAUGAGGCAGAGAAGAGUGUCUCUACAUCAGAACUCCUCAAGAAACACCAUAGGAGACCCACAGGGAAGAAAUCUCAUUGCUGCUCUGACUGUGGGAAACGUUGCAAAUCUUCAUUAGAACUUAAAAUACACCAGCGAGUACACACAGGAGAGAAAUCUCACCACUGUUUUGAUUGUGGGAAGAGUUACUUACGAUUAAAAUCACUAAAAGUACACAUGCGAAUUCACACUGGAGAUAAACUUUACAGCUGUGAUCAAUGUGGGAAGAGUUUUACUAUGUCUAGUCAUCUGAUGAUACACCAGAGAACACACACAGGAGAGAAACCGUACAGCUGUACUCAAUGUGGGAAGAGUUUUACUCAGUCAAGCAACCUGUUAUCACACCAGAGAAAACACACAGGAGAUAAACCUUAUAAAUGUGAUCAAUGUGGGAGGAGCUUUACUACAUCUAGUCAUCGGAUUGUACACCAGAGAACACACACAGGAAAGAAACCAUUCAGCUGUACUCAAUGUGGGAAGAGUUUUACUCAGUCAAGCAACCUGUUAUCACACCAGAGAACACACACAGGAGAGAAAUCGUAUAGCUGUAAUCAAUGUGGGAUGAAUUUUAUUCAGUCAUGCACCCUGUUAUCACACCAGAGAACACACACAGGAGAUAAAUCUUAUAGUUGUCAUCAAUGUGGGAAGAGUUUUACUACAUCUCUUCAUCGGAUCGUACACCAGAGAAAACACACAGGAGAUAAAUCUUAUAGCUGUAAUCAAUGUGGGAAGAGUUUUACUCGGUCAAGCAACCUGGUAUCACACCAGAGAACACACACAGGAGAGAAACCUUAUAGCUGUGAUCAAUGUCGGAAGAGUUUUACUUCAUCUAGCAGUCUUAUUGUACACCAGAGAACACACACAGGAGAGAAACCUUAUAGCUGUGAUCAAUGUGAGAAGAGUUUUGUUACAUCUAGCCGUCUUAUUGUACACCAGAGAACACACACAGGAGAGAAACCUCAUGGCUGUGAUCAAUGUGACAAGAGAUACUCUGAUAAAAGAUCCCUGAACAAACAUCAGAAAAUACAUGCAUGAAGGAGUUGUUUCAUGAUAUCAAUGAAAUGUCACAAUGUAGAAGGUUUUAACAUUGUAGUAUGAGUAUUUUAAUGAUGUCAUAAUGUAGAACGUUUUAACAUUGUAAUGGGAGUAUUUUAAUGAUUUCAUAAUGUAGAAUGUUUUAACAUUCUAGAAGGAGUAUUUUAAUGAUGUCACAAUGUAGAAGCCUAAAUGUUUGUCCCCUGUUCUAUUGAUUUCAGCCAGAUAUGGAUAUUAGCAUCAGAGGGAAAAUCCAGGCUCUGAAUUGAAAGUACUAUUUAUGUGAUUUUACAAAAAGUGACUAACAAAUAAAGAGCUGUGUUGCACUUAUAA